GCCAUCGACCCAGGGUGGCUCGACAGCCUCCCCGAUCGAAUAAAAGCCAAGGUCCUCAACCACGUGACCAACUGCAACUUAACCGAGCAGCUGUAUUCGUCGAUGGCGGGCCCAGGCCUGGCGUUGGUGGCAUUCACCGACCUCAUCGCCGCGCUGUCCACACCCACCUUCUGGGCCAUCAUCAUCUUCACGUCGCUGGUGAGCAUGGGGCUGAGCUCCGUGAUCGGGAUCCUGCAGGGCAUCACCAUCCUGCUCCACGACGCCUUCCCUUCCUUCAGGAGACACAGGAAGCUGCUCACAGUGAGCGUCUGCGGCUCCAUGUUCCUGGGCAGCCUCCUGUUCGCAGGCCCCUCGGGCAGCUACUUCAUAAACCUGCUGGACGAUUACUGGGCGUCUCUGCCCCUCUUCUGCAUCGUCCUCUUGGAGAACGUGGCCAUCGUCUGGAUCUACGGGGCCCGGAGGUUCCUGGAAGACCCGAUGCUCAUGUUGGGCCGCCCCGUCUCCCCCUUGUACCACUGGCUGUGGCGCUGCGUGUGUCCGAUCGUGCUCACGGUCCUGUUCGUGACCACCCUGAUCCAACUCUCUGUGAAGAGCAUGGUCUACCUGGCCUGGGACUCCAACCUCUCAGGGGAGGUAACCCGAACCUAUCCGUCCUGGGCUAAAAUCCUGCUCGUAUUUCUCGUCGUCUUGUCCGUCUGGCCCAUCCCGGCCUACUCCCUGUACUCCCUGUACACUCGCAUCCCGAAGGCCUUCUCGUCCUCCAUAAUCCAGCGGAGUCUCACAUUCGUCUUCAAAUCUGACUGACCGAGGCUCACGGGAGCCCCUGCGUGACUUGAGGAGAGGCAAAGACAGAAGAGGAGUAAAAUGGACACAUGACCGGGGAGGGGGGAACAACCUUCCUCCAUGUGAGGGAUCCCUCUUGGGAAUAAAGACUCCGCUCACCACUUCUCUUUCAAAGGGAACUCCCUGGCUGACCCCUCGACAUGAGAAGAGGCAGCUGGACCCAAAGACCUUCUGCUCUCCUGGCUUGGAGUGCUUGUCUGACCUGGUGGGGACUUGCGUAGCAGGAAUUGCCCCCGCCCCCCACCCUGGGCCUCAGUGGACCCGUACCGAGGGCACUCUGGUGUUAGCUCCGUGUCAUCGCGACCCGCUCUCCCGAUGACUGCCUGGGGGCUGCUCGGUGCUGCCACGUCUAAUGCCCUAUGGGACUAGGGGGCAGCAAUGGUGCCACGAAAUCAACCCGUAAAUAAACCGCACUGUUGUUAUAAAAA